AUGGCUGACGCGCAGCUCACUGAUUUCCCGUCCCUAUUCUCUCUGAAGGGCAAAGUCGCCGUCGUUACAGGCGGCUCUCGAGGCCUGGGGCUGACCGCCGCUUCUGCCCUCCUCCAAGCCGGCGCCAGCAAGGUCUUCAUCUCGUCCCGCAAGGCCAACGCCUGCGAAGCUGCGUGCAAGGUCCUGAAUGCGCUCCCCAACUUAGCCCCCGGGGCCUGCGCCAUCUCGGUUCCCGCAGAUAGCGCGACCCUCGACGGCGUCAAGCACCUCGUCGCUGAGGUGGGGAAGCAUACCAAGCACGUCGACAUCCUGCUCGCCAAUGCUGGCGCCACAUGGGGCGAGUACUUUGAUACCCAUCCGGACAGCGCGUUUGCAAAAGUCAUGGACCUGAAUGUGCGAGGUGUGUUCAACGUGAUCCGCGAGUUCGCCCCUUUGCUCGAGUCUCGAGCCAGCGUGGCCGACCCAAGCCGGGUAGUAAUCACGGCGAGUGUGGCCGGGCUGAGCGUAGGCACGCUCGGCAAGAACGGAACAUACGGCUACAGCGCAUCCAAGGCAGCUGUGAUCCAUCUUGGGCGCAACCUGGCCGUCGAGCUGGGGCCGCGGCACAUCACUGUCAAUAGCAUCUGCCCAGGCUUCUUUCCCAGCAAGAUGUCCAUCGGGCUCCUCAAAGAGGCCGGCGGCGUGGACGAGAUUGCAAAGACGAACCCUAUGCUGCGCCUUGGUCAGCCCGACGACAUCGCCGGCGUUGUCAUUUACCUCACAAGCCGUGCCGGGGGUCACGUCAACGGUGCCACUGUCGAAAUCGAUGGCGGUGCCAUGUGGGCUCGGGGUGAGCUCAUGUCGGCGGGGAAGGCGAAGCUGUGA